AUGAAGCGCAAAGCCAAGCAAAAGAGGUCUAACUUUUCACCAUCCACUCAAGGCCGGCACCCGUAUGAUCCCGCAGUCGCACCAGAUGGACCUAAAACAAGAUCCUCAAACGAACCUCAAGAGCAUUCCAAAUCCAGCUCGUUUCCCUCUGUCUUGGANCCGGACACCAAUGUACCAACCCGAGGUCGACCUGGUCGAAGUGUGUCAGACUCAGACUCGAUCCCAGUCACAGCCAUGGUCAAAAGUUCCUCGCGUGGUCGCCGCUCAAAAACAGUCGCAUCAUCCGAAUCUCAAGGUAUCUGCGAAGCACGGUCUUAUUCUCUCACGGACGAUCAAGCUACACCGCCUUCGGAUUAUAAAGGAUUUGAACUACCUCCGUCUAUUUCACAGGACUAUGAACAGGAAGAUACAGCUGCGCCGGAACUAGUGGCAAUACACGAUCUUUCAGUGGCCUCGACACCAUCAACGUUUGUGGAACCCAGACAUUUCACUGAUAAAAAUGGCUGCAUCAUUGACCUUAAUCCGGCUCCUCCAAAACCCAUCAGAAUUGCAUCCCCACCACCCUACCUGCCAGCUACUACUUCUCCAACCAAACGGGGUUCUGCUCGUGGUCGAGGCGGUCGUAAGGCACGCGGUGGACGUCGUGGCGGUUCAAAAUCGGUCGCUGAAGUAGCUGAGCAAAUACCAUCUCGUUCCAUUCCAGCCUCCUGGGUUCCCUUAAUCCUCCCCUGUCGGACUCCCAACACAGAACAGUCUACCAUGAACAUUGACCCCCACCGAACGCAUUUUAAACCCUGGUUAAAUGAACUUUCAGAAGCCCGUCUUCAUCGAUUCUCUAUAUCCGUGAGACAAAUUUUGUCUCAACAUUUCCCAGACAACUCCACCCUAAGCCCCUAUCCAAUUAUGCGACCUGAAGUCACCUCAGGUGCCGCUGCGCGGGUCAGUUGUGACUCCACGCUCCCAACCACAACCCAUACAUCCAUUUUACCCAAAUCGAGUGCUUCCCGUAGCUCAAUAUCCCACAUACCAACCCCGGAGUUAAUCCCACCGACCAUGGAGUUAAAUACUUCAGUUCCUCAUCCUCCAUCAGAACACUCUUGUUUUCCGCCACCAUCCUUGCAAGCCAAUGCACAUCAAGCUGACAGCGAAGUUCAGUUGAGUGAUCGUCAUGCGAUCUCCGCUGUUCCCGAUCCCGUUGUCAUUACCAGUCAGGCUGAGUUAAAGGAUGUAUCACCCAACUCCUAUCCGCACCCGAGUCAGUCCUACAGUCCCCGUGGCCGUGGCCGUGGCCGAGGCCGUGGCCGACGACUUCGUCACCCAUCGGCGAUGUUUUCUCGCGGUGCGUCAGCUCGCGGCAGCUAUCGAUCAUCCACCAAUGUAUCGAUCACUCUUGCCUCGACUACAACUAAUAUGAGCACUUCCAAAGCAUUGUCCCGUGGUAACGGAUCCUCCAGAUCUAAAUCUCGCGUUCCUCGUGAACUGCGUGGUUUGGUUACAUGGGAUGCGGUCAUGGCACAGCAACGGCGUCAACAAGAACAGGGACAAUUGGGACCGGAACUAAGUGCAGACAAAAAGGCUCGAACUGUUUCCGACGCGUUGUUGGCUGUGGCUCAUGAUAUGUUAGCUGCCGCGGCUGUUGAGGAAGAUAAUGCCGCUUCACGAACUCGUCGUACCAGACAGUCAAGUGGAAGUGCCCUCAGUCAGAGCGGUCCUUCCACUUUUCAUUCCGAUUCAGCAUCGGUCGCCACUGCUUCCGGGUCUGCUGCUUUGGAUACAAACUAUCGUCCUAAAUUGGCUGUUUCCUGCACUGCCCGCUCCGGUAUUAGUACAGAGUCUUCCAGCGUCUCAUCCGACCUAUUCACUUCACACACUCAAGGUUUUGAACACGGAGACGACUCGUCUUGCAACAAACCAGCGGAAUCUAGCCCAAUUGUUUCCAGUAUAACGCGAACAAAACUCGAACAUAAAGAAUUAUACUCUCAUACUGAAGCGGAAGGCACUUCAUCUAAUCCCACUCUUCCUUGCUGUGGUGAACAAUCCAAUUCCUUGGGACCAGUAAAAUAUUCACCCAUCUCCACGGACCAAGAUCCUGAUUUGAGCCACACCACCGAUGCAGAUUUAGUACCCGAGAGGUCGGUUGAAAAGCCCAUUGAGUCACACAAGCGUGCUACUUCAUACAAGCGCCGAGGUCGCAAACAAACCAAACACAUUGCACAACCGUCUGCCUCAAUGGAGUCCAUUUCAGUUAUACCGUACGGCAAGGCCGAAUCAGUUGGUGAUGUGUCCUUUUCGGGAAUUCCUCACAAUUCUGAUCUCACUGGUGCUUGCUCUGCUCCGGUUCCCAAUGUGGGUAAACGCAGACGUCAGACGUUACAUAGUCCCACUCUUUCUGAAUCAGUGGUGAAUUCUGGCCGUGUAGAUUCAGAUGAUUGGAGCGGUUUGCAUUCUUCAGAUGAGAUCGUUGCUGAGACUGUGGGAAACACUCUGUCUACCGGACCUCGUCGUUCCAAUGGUUCGCGUAGUGCCGCUCUCCCCCCACGCAAGCGCUAUAAAGCAGGUAUCGACUCAUCUGCAUCUGCACCAUUAAAUUCCGGCAACGAGGCUUCAGGGACUUCAGAAGAAGCUCUCCUCAUUUGUAAUCCUGAGCCAGAUGUCUUGGGAGUAUCUGCCAUGCACUCGGAGUCGGACGUUCUAAACGCUGCUGAAACUCAGACAGCGGUAUCACUAUCAGCACUUCAGGCUCCUGUUGAACUGGUGAAGAAACGUGGUCGAGUAAGUCAACUCCUCUAUUAUAAGAAGGUACUUUAUCUCAACUGUGCGGCUGCCAUUGGUUUCGCAAGCCUUGUUGCCGCGAAUUUAAAUAACAGCACUGCUCAGGCCGGGUCUGUUCAGUCAAUGGAUUCUCCUACCCGACGACCGUUGGUUUCAGACAUGACUGCGGCCGCAUGCUCUCAAACUACUGGUGAGCCAUCGCAAGACACAAAGCGUUCGAUGGCGCCCACUCAAUCCACCCCUCGCGGCCGUGGUCGUCCACCUCGCCCGAACUACGAGUGGAACUCCUUUGGAAGUUAUACUGCCCACCAACUACCUUUUAUGCUUCGUUACAGUCGUCGGAAACGAUCCGCUGACCGUCGCUCACCUGAUCAGGUAACCUUUCCUGAUGAGGGUGAUCAUGAGCUUGAUGGAACAACGGAUAAACUAUCUUCUGACUCCGUGGUCCCGCCUUCCAAGAAGAUACCCCGCGUUUCAGCUUCUCGUGCCAAUGUUCGUAAAAAACCGGGUCAAACCAUCGAAAACGGUGGUCUGUCAAUUGAGACACCAGCGGAAGUGCCAUGGAAAGUGUUCGUCGAUCAGCUAUCCAACAAGACGCUAACACCGGGAAAGGAAUAUUCACAAGAAAUUGUGAAUGAUUUGCAGCCAGGCAGUCAUCUAAUCGAGACCAGUCAAGAGACCUUGGUUACUUCAACAAAAGGCUCCGUUCGUGGGCGCAAGGGUCGACCACGGAUACAUGAACGUCCCGGUCCCCGUCAAGCGAAUACGGCCCCUGCGUCAUCGAACAAACCAAGGUCUUUACUGAACUCGGCGACUACUCCAUUAUCCAGUCUACCAGGGCGAGCCGCUCUCUUCAAUGGACAUUCUUUAAACGACCCCAUUGUUCUGGGAAGUAAUCCGGAUUCUCCCUGCAAAGGGCCAUUAUGUGAUCUAUUUCUCCGUUUUCUCAACGAACCUGAUCCUUCCGAUCCAACCUGUCGACUUGCUGCUCCAAUAGUAUAUCUCCCCACACCGGAACGGAACCCUGAAUUUUAUCGCUUCGUGAUCUCAUCUUAUUCUUCCGGAUCUGGAUUCCGGAUUCGUUUUUCUGACGUGCUAUUGCGUCGACUUUUUACCGCCUCGUCUACCAGUCCCGACCAACCUCAAUCAGAAUCUAAAACUAUCGACCAGGCGGUAUUCGACGUGGAAUACCCUUCCUUAUGCCUUGCCAGUAUUGCUCGACGCAUGUACGACCAUGCCUCUCUUCAAGCUAGCGGAGUUAAUAUGACCGAUUGGCUUCACGCACCCAACGGACUGACGGAAUCAGAAUUGGCUUGCUCCGAUCGACGUGCUCUUGAGCGAGGUGCCGAGGUAAUUCGUUGCCUUUGUGGAUUUCGUGUUGAAGGUGGUCAUGUAAUGGUUCAAUGUGACCACUGUGCCGCUUGGCAACAUCUACCUUGCCUAUGGUGGGCUUUAAACCAAGCCAUUGCUCGCCGCGCGCUCACACCCACAAUUCGGUCGCUCUGUGAGGCUGCGUUGGCUGCUGCCCAAGCAGCUGGUUCAGGUUACUUGAGCGAACUUGUUGGCUCCGGUACGACAGGGGCAUCUCAGACUGUCACAACAAAUGCACCUGUCGUCUUUGGAAAAUGUGAUGGUACUGAGCCACCUUACUUUUGCCCAGUUUGCUUGGAUAUUCAUGAGCUGACUCUGGAGUAUCCCCGUUCUUUGUCUGCCGCUAUGGCGAUGGACGAUUUGUCAUCUGUAUUCAGUUUACAAGAGACCAUUGUGGAAGGAGAGCACGAAUUUUGGUCUCUUGCCAGCCCGGAUGGCAAUCACCAAAUACGCACAGACGAUUACGCGUUCAUCAACCGCACCUGGUUACAAUUCUGUCAGUCACCAACAUCUUUAACCGCCACAAAGAGAGCAGAUACAAAACAGGCCGAACAGGGCAAUGCUGCUUCAGAAGCGAGUCCAAUUUGUUGUGCUUAUGAUCGUUUGGUGAUCAGAAUAUACCGUCUCUGGAAAGAUCCCAGAGGUGAACCAUGGCUCGAAGGAGGUUUGUUUCUUCGGCCUUAUGAUGUGGUACAAAUAGAGGAUUCCUCCUCGGAUAAGAACUUUGCACAAUGCAGACUGUGGCACCACCGAGAAGUGAUCUAUGAUGAAGCAAGUCGACUGGUGCUCCCACUCACAGCUUGGCAUGGACGUUGCGUCGUUCUUUGUCCCUCGGCGUAUCGUACCGGCCGACCCGCUGAUUUGUUGUCUGCUGACGAAGCAAUACGUUUUCUCGCUUCAGACGCGAUGAACGUAAAGAGCUCGUUACCUGGAGAGACGGGUUCAGACCCAUCGUGUACACUUGAACAAGUGUUUUUUGUAUGUGAUAAACUAUUCGAGCGUACUCCUGGCUCUGGUGCAGUCGGGUAUCGUUUUGAUGAAAUCUCUCCCGGUUACUUGAAGGUGAAUAUGAGACCCUAUUGUUUCUUCCGUAAGCCGGAUGUGCCAGGUUUCGGUCGUCCAAAUCUUCAGAGGCAAUUUACUGCAUCACAGUUGCUAGAAUUCGACCGAUCUAAAACCGUUAUGUGCGUUCAAAACGCUAAAACUGAUUUGAACAACGUCCCUGUAAAUUCAGAAGAAGCUUCUCCGGGUACUGUGCAAACAGAGCAACCAAAAGGUGCGAAAUUGGCUAAACUGGUGGCCUGGUUGGAACGCAAACGACAACAAGAUACAAAGGAACUAAUGCUUAAACCAUCAGAAGACCAUCUAUCCUCCAACAUUGAUACUGCUGCCACACCGGUCUCGUCGACAUCUCCUUCCACCGCUUUUCCUGUUGGAUCAGUGCGCUCCUCUACUGGUAGAGGACGUCCAGUACGUGGUUCACGUGGCCGUGGACGACCUCCACGUUCCGCUUCGCUAGUUCAGUCUGUCACAAAUCCCAUUGAACUUACCUCCAUCGAAACAAUGACACAGCCAGACGAGUCGAUUUGUUCCAUUGCACCAGUUUUUGAAGCUAAGCACGUUUCUGACGCACCUGCCGAAAUUUUACCAGUGCGCUCAGUUGAGACGAAUUCUCAGACUAGUCAGAUCGAUUCGAGUAAUCCCACCCUAGAACCAGCACAUGGAGUCUCACCCUGCAUCGAACCCGAAGUUUUGCAUCCUGACAAACAAGAACUCUCGACUCUGCCAAUAAACACCUCAGAAAAAGAAUUCGACAUUUCCCAUUCUUUGUCGAUCGAGAAAAUUUCAGAUGUAGAAUCGAAUGAAGCAAAGGUAUUACAUGACUCUUCCGUUACUUCUGAGACAGAUGGAUUGUCUUCAAGAAGAGAAGACAUCACAAUGAUACCUGGUCAUCAGUCGUCGCCAUCAAUUUCUGUGAUUAGCGAUCGAACUGAUUCGCAGUUGGUUGCUCCAACCAAUGAUUCACAAUGUGAUGCCUUACGUCCUGAGUCGAACCCAAAUGUGCCCACGAAGGAUCAAGGGCCGGUUACGUCUAGGAGAAAGCGUACUCAUGCGCGUAAACGUACAACAUCUGAACCUAAACCUGUGUUGACUCGUCCCGUUUCUCAGGACGGUCCACGAUUUUUGUCAGAUUCCGAGAUUUCGGAAGCUGUACCCAUGCAACUGAAUUCCCUAAUCGUCGGUCAAAUAUUGCCGAUUUCAAACCAUCCAUCAUCUGACUCUCGAGAUCCAGGUAUAACCGUUCAACCAUUCUUAGAAUCGGCUGUGAUGAAAGAUGUUGAGCCUGUUGAGCCUAUCUAUUCACCUGACCAGCCCAAUGUUUCUGAAAAGCUUUCAGAUAGCGUGUCCUCGUGCACGGAACCCAUUAUCGAUUCCAAUGUCAAGAAUGUUGUAUGCUCGGGGACUAUAUGUGAUGAAGUUCAACCAGAAGAAUCGAUCACGACGCACAACUCCAAUCAGCAUCCAGGAAAACCAACCGAAAGUGCGGAUGAUAGUCCAAAAUAUUCUUCGGGUAAUGACACAGAUCACGAGUUCCACCGUGAAGAACAACUUGUGGUUCCGGUGGAGAAAGGCAGUUUCGAUUUACCAGGAACACCCGACAACGAAAUUUCCGGGCACACGGCUGAAAUCAAGGAGGAAUCGGAAAAAGCUGCCGCUGUUAGUAGUGCUUUAGCACACAGUUGUGUUGAACCUUUUUGCAGUUCGGUAUCUCUGCAACAAAGUGAUCAAACACCUAUAGCUGCAGUCGGCAGUGAUUUGAUCUUCGUAACCGAAUCGACUUGCGACAAUCAGUUAUCCCCUGCCAAAUCCACAUUAUCUUGUGGUGAUGUGGGUGAUGAGUCGAUCUUAGCCACUAGCCCUGUGAUUUCCAACGAAUCGAGCGCAUCACCGAAUCUUGUUAAGGAUAACGCACCAGAUCCGGCUGUUCCUGCAGAUGUGGUUUUGGAGUCUGUUGAAUCGAACAAACCCGAAACAGUUAACACUGAUUCGAGAUUAUUAUCGGCUACGUUUUCAUCACCAAAGCAUGAUCUUUCUUCCGGUUUGUCGCCUGUAUCAGAGACUACUUCCGAACUCGCAGAUCCAGUUGAUGUUGAUCUGCCGGCUGAUGAUGCGACAGCACCACUCAGUAACGUUGAAGAACUUCCAAGUAGUUCCAAUCCUCCGGCUUCUCUAGUAAACAUCGACUCCGGCGGUACACCCAUCCUGGAUGAACCCGGUGAGGAUAAUAGAUUCAACUCGGGCAGCUCUACUUCGGUUCCUACCGAAUCAAGUAUGGUGAGUUUAUCUGAUACAGUCAAUGCUCUGUUGUUCCCGUUCAGCCAUAAGUCAGAUAAUCCCGGUACAAGUUCGCAGGAUUUGCUCCAGUCAAGCAUACGUGAUCUAGCAGUUCCAACACAUCGCCCAUCUUCAAGUCCCUACCCAGAUGAUUUCAACCGGUCAUAUUCCCACGUUCCAUCCAGAGACUCACGACCUGAAUCACGAAUUUUGAAUUUGAAAUUGUCUCGGUCUCAUGAGGCACCAGAAGCUCAGGUAUCCAAAGUUUUGUGCAACUCGGACAGUCAGCUAUGCGCUGAGAAUAUGAGUGCCAAUUAA